AUGGGUUCUCUCGGAAGAAGCAGCAGCAGCAGCGACAAGGGGGAGACAGCGAUACCGACGGUGGAUGCGGAGGAGGCAUGCGCGCUCCUCAGCUCCGGUCACCAGUAUCUCGAUGUCAGGAUGUGGGAGGACUUUGACAAGGGCCAUGUCGCCGCGGCUCGAAAUGUUCCCUACUACCUCUCCGUUUCUCCACACGGGACGGAGAAGAAUCCCCACUUUGUGGAGCACGUUGCCGCGCUCUAUGGCAAGGACGACCGAUUCAUCGUGGGUUGCCGCUCUGGCAGUCGGUCCAAGCUCGCCACUGCAGACCUUCUCAACGCGGAGAAGCAACAAAAGAAGCAGAGCAGAGCAGGCUCCUCCCACGAUCUAGCUACUCCUUUCUUUCUCUCAUCUUGUGGGUCGGUCAUGGCGCCUCCUCCCCACGAGAGCGACGGCAGCAGCCCGGCAGCAGAAAUACCGGCGGUGGUGACGGCGGACGUGACGGCGGCGAGGGAUCUUGUCACCUCUGCCGGCCACCGCUACCUGGAUGUCAGGACGGAGGAGGAAUUGAGCAAGGGGCAUCUGGAGAACACUCUCAAUGUGCCCUAUAUGUUCAUCACCCCGCAAGGGCGGAUGAAGAAUCCUGCGUUCGUGGAGCGGGUUGCGUCGCUCUUCACCAAACAGGAACACGUCGUUGUGGGGUGCCAAAGCGGCAAGAGAUCCGAGCUGGCAUGUAUUGAUCUCCAAGCAGCAGGAUUCAAGAACGUGAAGAACAUGGGAGGUGGCUACAUCGCCUGGGUGGACAAUGGCUUCCCCGUCCACAUCCCCGAUGACAAGCAGGCCACACCCACACCCAACGCCUGAAUGAAUCCAGUGCCUGCAAUUCAUCUACUCUUCUGCUCCUGUGUCAAAAUAAACGCAAGGGAAUGCAACACCCAUAUAUUAGUAUUGUCCUGCUACUGUCUGAAUCUGUAUGCAACACCCAUCAGUCAUUGUGGUGAUACUGUAUCAAUAAUAUGUACCUGAAUAAAUCACCAUCUUACAUUUUCGUUUCUACAA